GUCUCCGAUCAGCAGUCUGGACCUCAAUUCUAGUUAUUGACUUCAAUCUUAUCCACGUUCUACUCGAGUAAACAUCAAGUAGUGUCAGUGCAUUCUGUUCAACGUAACACCCCCGUACGCGUCGUUCUGUUUCGUUCAGUUUCGUUUCGUUUUCCGGUACUUGCGCGGAUUUCUGCGGUUUUGUUUCAGUUUCGUUUUCCGGUACUUCGCGCGGUUUUGUUCUCGCGUCACCAGCUGCACCCUUCUGCUCAGGAUUCACGUCCAAAUUCUACCCUGAGACAAUCUCAGAGUGUCCACCCUCUCAGGUAGAAGAUGGCUGCGGAGGUGAGUGCCGAACUCGGCCUCAUAAACGACGAGGAUGUACUUCGAAAAAUGUGGCAACAAACCGAGGAUUUCGGAAAGAAGAAGGAGAUUCGAGCUCGCAUGUACAAACUCAGAGAACAACGCCUCAAGGAGUUCUACACAACAGACGUGGCAUCGGACAUUGCACUAACUGGCAGGAAGCAUGCUGCCACGCAUCACGUCGACUCCAUCGCAGAUCAAGGUUUCAUGUCGAUGAAAACAAAGGAGAUAAGAGACUCCGAGUCGCCGACCCGAGACAUCCACAAGCGUCAAUCCCAGAACAACUACUGGAACACAGUCCAGGAGUCCUACUCCACAGCCGAUGAUGGCGGCAGGCUCAUAGACACCUACGAGAAAUCGAUGAGCGGCCAGGGAGUGAGUCCCGAUGGCAGGACAUACUCCCAGUCCUCAGCCAAUCAGAAGCAUCAACACUCCUCCAACCUGGAGGAAACUGAGAACUCAACGAAAAUCGAAGACCAACAGAGCCGUUCUUCCCAGGCUGUUGUUGAUGCACACACUAAAACCGACAAUGGCGAUGUUUACACAAAGGCAUCCAAACAGGAGGAACAGAAAAAGAGUUCGUCAUACACCACUAGCAAGACUGGAAAUACAACUUAUCAUUCCUCGUCAAAGCAGGAAUCAUCGAGCUCCUCCAGUUACACCAAGCAAUCGACAUCUACUAGCACAUCAAACACUUAUCAGAUAUUGCCUUCAGGGGAACGCGUUCUAGUGAGUUCCACCACAGUUUCAAACCCAAGAGCAAUCUCAGAUGAAACCAAUUCCACCUCUGAUUCUCAAAAUGUAUCCAAAUAUCAAGACACUACAGAUUUCAUUUCAAACUCAAAGAGAGACAAUCAAACAUCAUCAACAAUCGCUUCUGAUGUUAAGAGAUCUGAGAAUAUUUCAAACCGCUACUCAGAAAGCACUAAAUUCAUCUCAAAUGAGACAGCUGAUGUUAAUUCAAGGAACAAUGAGGUGAAGAAUUCCAACCAGACAUACACUACCGAAAGCACUGAUAGGAAUGUUUGUGAUAGGAGACAAACUACUCAGAAUAGCAAAGUUGAAAAUGAAAGUAGUAAUGUUGUUGACCAGAAAAUCAUGUCAGAGCUUCACAAGCUCGAUUCAUAUUUAUCUACUCAGAAUGCUACCGGCGCAUCAACUCCAGUCAGCCCAAACAGUGUGACUGGAGAUGCAGCCAACUGGACAGUGGUGUCCAGCUCAGAUGGGGAGUUUGUCUACAAGAGUGACAAGGAGAGAGCAUCACCAGGUGACAAGCCAGUACUCAUCAAGCAUCCCACCUCUCUCGAAUUGCCGAAAGAAGCCACGGAAGGCCAGUAUGUGACCACCUACCAACAGUCCUAUCAGCCGAAAAAGAUAUCAGUGGAACACAGUCCAACCCAUGAUGCGUUUGCCCGAUCUCUGAGAACCAGCCCUCCACCAUCCAACACCAGGUCCUCAUCGAAGGGAUCCCUGGACCGAAGCAGUCCAGACAGGAAGUUCCAGAAAGGCGGCUCUCCAACUAGACGAAGCCCAGACAAGGAGAGGAGAGUGAGUGUGGCUGGAAGUUACACUAUUGAGAAACCCAAGGAAGUCAAGCGUAAGGUGUCUGAAGCUACCUAUGAUAUUCAGAAAGACACAACUGUCAAGGCCAAGAGGAAGUUCUCCACCACACAGGCAAAGUCAAUCUCGAAGGUGAGAUCUUCCACCCCUGGUACAUCACCUUCCACAAGUCCUACCAGAAUGAACAGAGACCGAUCCUCUUCAUCUGAUUCGGAGUCUGACAGCUCUCAGUUGACUUACAAUAAGAAAACCUCAACAAUAAAACGGUCAUCAUCGAGGAAGUCUCCAGUGAAUAAGGAUCAAAGUUCACCUGAGCGUUCCCCCACAAGGAAAGCAUCAUCACCCACUAAAUCCAUCACUCAAGGUAGAUCAACACCUGAAUCGCGCCCCAGACCUUCGUCUCCAACCAAAUCAGUUCCUGAAAAAGCAAGCUCACCUUCCAGAAAAUCACCCUCCCCCAGUAAUGCGAAGCCAUCUGCAACCAGUCCUGAAAGGGCACCAGUCAGGUCGCCUUCUCCAACUAAAACAACAGGAAUACUUCGUAAAGAUUCCAAAUCUGACUCAGCUUCAACCAUUCUCAUAAAAUCGGAAACUGUAUCAAAGAGUGAUCAAAUAACUGAUGAAACACAGGAGACCACAACUAAUACUCUGAAGAAGAAAACUGAGGAUGAUUCACAAGUAUCUGAGUUCAUUUCCAAGCUGAAACAAGAAGAAGAAACUCAGAAGAAAGCUAUCAAUUCAUCACAAACCAAGCUGACUGAUACUGUAGAUGAAUCAAAUGUUGAUGAAGAUGUGAAUAAAAUGACUUAUCACACCUCUGAUGAAAUAACAAUCACAAAAACAAGCAACACUGAUGAAGAUGAAGGUGUGACAGAGAUUACAACAAAUAACAUUGACUCAUCUAUCACGGAUCGAGAUAGUGUGAGGGAAGAUUCAGUUUCAAAGGAUACAUCUGUUUCAAGAGAAGAUGUUGUUCUAUCACAAGGUGUUUUCAAUAAUGAAGUAUCAAAAACAGAAACACAGGACUUCAUCAAGAAUGAAAAGAGAGGAACCACAAGUCCCUCAUGUCAACCCAGCUUCCGAGAUAAAUCACCUGAGUACAGUUCAGAAGGUUCAGUAACUAAGGAAAUAAAGGCUGCUAGAGGUAUUGGUAAGAAGAAUGUUUCAACUCCCGAUUCCAGUCCUGAGCGAAGUGCUUUUACACCUAUCAAGGAGUUCAGAACAGAACCAGAGUUGAAGGACAAAAUUAAUGUCAAAGUUCAGCCUUCAAAGUACCCAGCUGGAGCACCUUCUCCAGUCUCACCAAGACCAUCUGACAAAAAAGUUCCAGAUCAGACUGCAAAAUCUCGAGAGUCUUCCCCUACCAAGUCAGUCUCACCAUCAAGAUCUGUUUCACCUGUGAAGCAAAUCAAGAAUAAGAGCCCUGUCCGUGAGUCCAAGUCAUCCAGUGUCUCUCCUUACUCGAGUCCAGAAAGAUCUCCAACCAAGAAAACCAAGCCUGCUGACACUCACAAGCCUUCAAGUCAACCCUCAAAGGACACUGACAAGACAAAGAGCGUGAAUCAGAGAACCAAUCGGCGCUCAAGCAUUCCAAGAGCUGAGAAUGUGACUUCUGUGACAAGGAAAGUGAGUGAGAAAAAGAUAGAACUUUCAAGUAACAAGAAACCGACUACGAGGGUGCCUUCUUUUGAGAAGAGAGUUCCAGUCCAAAAGACUCAGAAUGUGAGGAGUGACUCUCAAUCAAGCAUAACUAGAAAAACGGUUACAACAAGGAGUGAUUCUCAAUCAAGUGUCACUAAGAAGACUGUCACAAAAACGGUGAGAUCAUCAUCUGCUCGUGAUAUGAACACACAAAAAUCAACGACCAAUACUCCUACCACUAAAGUCAAAACAACCGCAAUUAUCAAUCUUCAGAGACCAUCUAACAAGUCACUGCCUGUUCAGAAAGUUGCGAACAAUGUUGUCAAUGUAACUGUUACCACAAAAGGAAAGUGAAUGAGGCAGGACCAAGAAAGUCCCAACCAAUCCAAUCCAAGCCUCAAACACCUAAACAAGCCACAACUAGAGUUGUUAAGAAAGAAGUUGUGCAAAAAACCUCACAGAAAACUGUCCACAAAGAUGCAUAUGAUGGCUCCAGUGAUCGAUCCACAAGUGUCUCCAGUCCAGAAACAGUCAAACCAGUUGAUGUUUCUGCAACAAAGAAACAGUCGACUGUUGCAUUGUCAUUGAUAUGUAGCAGUGAUGUAACAUCGAAGCAGGUGAAAUCUCACGAUUUCAAAUCUGAGAUUGAUGUUGAAGACCUGGAAGAUGAGUUGCCUCCAGCUGAAUUCCUUGUUGAUGAUUAUGAAGAUGAUGAGGAUAAACCUGUGCAACAGGUGAAGCCAUCUGUCACUCCAAAAAGUGCUCCCAAAACACAGCCAAAACCAGGUUCUGUUGAUAGAACAACUCCGAAAUCAAGCCCAGCUAAGCCUUCCACAACUCAAAACAAAUCUACUUUGAAUAAGAGAGUAAGCAAUGAGAGCUUGACGACAAGAAACCAGAGCAACAAGAAUGUUACAGCUAAGACAACUGUUGUGAAAAAAGACACAGUGAAGAGUAAGGCUAAUAUCACACUGAACAACAGGAAUAAUGUUGUAACUAGUAAGGUUACACCUACACCAAAAUCUACACCCACUAAGCAACGCCCAGCUGUCCCACCCAAGAAGAAAUUGGUGCAAGAUGAGCCUGAAACGUCAUCUUCUGAAGAUGAGGAGACAAAUAUUAAAGAGAAUGUGAGUAUUAUAACAGAAGAUCAACAGCAUUACAUUGAUGAGUUGGAAGAAAUAAGACAGAAGGAAGAACAAGAGUAUGCAGCAAAACUGAUGGCAACCACAAACCAAGAGGAUUCACUGUUGUCAGUGAUUGUUCAGCUUCCCAAGUCUUCUCGGGAGUCGAGCCCAGGUCACCCGGCUCACAGUCCCUUCUGUGCAGUGAGUGAUGAUGGAGGUGCUCAUCCCAGGUAUGCAGACCUUAUCAGUGAACCAGAAGAUGUCGAAGUAAUCGAUAAGACAAAGCUGUACGAUUCUACCAAUAAACGGUAUGAACAAGUAACCGAUCUGGAUGAAGAGUCUGAAACGGAAGAUCUAAAUGUGAGUGUAGCUGACAGAGUAUCAAAGUUCUUGGCCACAUCCCAGGCUGUUUCAUCCCCCAAGGAAGCUCCAGAAAAACCAACUGAGAGUCCCAAAACUGAGAGGAAGGAGGUGUUGAAAGCAAAGCAUAUGUUUGAAACAAUAGCUAAGAAUCAAACUGCACCGCCAGCUCCCAAUAACAAGCCGGUUGAUAUAUUGAGUAGGCCUUCAGUUUUCGAAGGAAGGCAAGGGGUGACUACUCCCAAGGAUAAAUUCGAUACCUUCCCCAAAACUAAGGCAACUAAAUCAUCUGAAAGUUUGAAUAAGACAGCAUCAACGAAUGAUUUAUUAGUUGAAAAUCAUGAAACUCAUGUGGAUAUUGAAGAAAACACAUCUCAACAAUUCAUCAAAAAUGAAACUACAAAUGUUCUCAAGGAGAUCCAGAUUGAGAAUAUUGAUUCCAACACAAAAUCUAAUAAAAUUAUAGCAGAAGAGAAGAAGGAAACAACAACCAGAGAUAAAACUAGGAAGACAUCAAGUCCUGAGA